AUGGAUCAAGAAUAUUAUUCUACUUUAUAUAAAUGGUUUGAAAAAUGUGGAGUAAUAUCAAAUAUAAGAACGCAUCUUCGCCAAAAUUUAAUAAAUGCGUUAAAAAGUAAAGAUAUUGUUUUAAAAAGUGAUGGUCCCAAAUCAGCAAAACAGUAUGUUUACGAUCUACUAAUAGCAGAAUAUUUAUUUAAUCACAAUUAUGCAUACACUUUAUCUGUAUUUGCCAGUGAAGCACCAAUGUUAAUUAAUUUUUCAAAUAAGACAGUUCAAAGACCUGAUGGCAGUGACGAGGAUAAUAAUGGAAAAUUACAAAGUGAUUAUAUAUUGCAUGCUCUAGAAACGUUAGGUAUUAAUCCUCAUGAUUCCAAAGGACAGUAUGUUAUAUCACAGUACAUAGAAAGUGAUAUGCCUCUCCUUUUAUGCAUACUAAAGUGUAUAACUAUGUUUUCUUAUAACAUAUAUAAUGAUGUUCCAAUAAAGGAAACAGUAUCUCUUUGUAAUGAAUCUACACAAACUGAAUUUUCUUGGCAAGCUCACAAUUUAUACAUAGAAAAAUUAUCUAAAUUAAAAAGGAAGAUAUUUGUACACAAACAAACAGUUAACAAUAAAUUACAUGAAAGGGAAAUGAUGUUAAAGAAACAGGCAGUGUUCAUUGAACAACAACUUGAAACAUUAAAUACCAAAAUACAUCAAGUUCAGAAUGUUAUGCAUAAUAUGAGUUUAAAAGAAAAACAAAUAAAAGAAAAGAAGCAAAGUAAUGAACAACAAGUUUUACAAAAAGAAAUGGAGUUAACAUUGAGAGAAAAAUUAUUGUUACAAGAAGCUGAUAGGUUGCAAAAAGAACAAGCUAGUCAUAAAAAAAUAGAUCAAGACUUAAAAAGAACACAUGAACAAAAAGGGAUACAAACGGAGUUUUCGAUACAAUCACAUAAUCAUUUUUUAAGAAACAUUGAAGUACAAACGGAUUUUAUAAUUGACAUGCAACAAGAAGAUAAGAUUGAGAUUCUCACUAAAGAAAAAGAAGAAUUAACUGUUCUUAUUCAGGAUCAACAAUUAAGAAUAGAACAAAUAACUCAACGGGCUCUUCAGUUGUCUCGACAAAUAGAAGGAAUACAUUCUUUAAAACCCACUAAUGUGGAAGUCCCAGCACAAAUUGUCAAUGCAAAUACAGUUAUUAGUGAGAGUAGUUCAACAGAAGAUAUUCUUCAAGAUGCAAAAUUAAGGCUUAAACGUUUGGAAGAAGAAAGUUUAAAAGCAGAUCAGUAUUAUUAUAACUUUCUCAAUAAUUCACCAUGA